GCUCUGCGGUUGAUCGGGAGUUUCUGUAUAUAGAAGAAGGUGCGUGCGCUUGCCGCUCUGGACUCGUGCUCUUCGCGCCGGGGGUGAGGAUGACGUGAGUUCCACAGAAACUCCCUCAAAUCAUAUUUUCUUGUAGGAAGCAUUCGGGAACCGAACUUACUUCCAUUCUGUAAACUGUACUACCGAUCAGCGAUGGUUGUGAGAACGGCGCUCGUGCUGCUCUUCGCGUCGUCGCUAUAUGAGCAGUGCCUUGCGCUUCAGAGUUCGCCCCUGAAUGAUGAAGGUCUCGGGUUAGAGGACGACGGCGACGACAUUGACGAGUCUGUUGACGAAGAGAUGCUCAAAAUGUAUGCCAGGUACCGCACAGGCGUCCGUCACAUCGGCAGUAUCAGCAUCGUCACCGUGGAGACCCGGGCUGGCGAUCCGAUGAAGCUGCCUGGCAGGAAUGCGGGCGCAGGAGCAGACACAUCGGUCAAGAAUGUUGGCGUGGGCCAUCCCUGGAAAUACUACCGUACCAAAAACGGCCUGAUGCUCAAGUGGAUUAACGAAACUUUCCAGAAGGACCCCGAGACCAUGGCGAUCAUGAUCGACGGUGGUGACAUGGUCUUUGGUGGAUGUGACGAACAGUUCUUGUCGAGGAAGUACAAAGAGAUUCUCAAGGCCAGCGGAGGAGGGAGCAACAUGAAGAUAGUAAUGAGCGCAGAGACAGCCUGCUUCCCGAUCGACAUGGGUUGGCGCUUCCGUGAGAACGCCACUUGGGAGAUGCGGCGUUCGGCAGUCAACAAGCAGGUGGAGAACCUCCCAGACGACUGGGUCUUACCCUACACGCCGUGCAGUGACAAAAAGGUUGCCCCAUGCGACGCGAAUAACAUUGGGUACAGGUACCCGAACUGGGGUUGGGUCAUGGGCCCUGUGAAGGACCUCUUGCCGCUUUUCGAGUUCGUGUACAAUAAAGGCAUCCGGGGCUCCAUGGAUCAGGCGAGAGCUCAGUGGUGGAUGCUCUACAACCCGGACAGGGCCACCCUGGACUACGCGGGAAGCUUGGUCUUGAGCACCCAUCAGAUGGCCCAUGGGCGGCCAGAAUCUAAGGCGCCUCUCGAGAUUAAACUGGACGAGAGAAACCAGCCAUUCAUCCUCAACAAGAUCACCAAACAGCCAUGCUGCUUUGCGCACGGCAACGGCAACGGCGAGGCGCUCAUCGGUUCGCUUGCUCGACGGAUGAAUAAUCUUACGGGUGCUGUGUGAACAGGCCACGCCCAGAUCGUUUGCUGGUUAUUCGGAUUAUGCGAGGAUGUGCUUUGAUUUGGUCCUCGUUGCUGAGCUGUGUGACCCGCCAUGCUGCAGCAUGUGACCAGGCUGCUAUGGAAGUUGAUGGUUCAUCAGCGGCGGAAGCGGGGAGGGCUGGCGACCUCUCGUGAGCAUCCCGACGUUGGGCCCCCUGGCGCCGCUGGCGCCCCCUCCGAGAGCAUCCCGACAGAGCCCCCCCCGCGCGCAAUCCCGAGACGGCGCGCGGGGCGGCGCCAGGAGGCCCCAGCGGGGACGCUGCCCCUCCGGCCCGAGGGCGUCGGUCCUGGCCAAAGCCUCGCCGAAGCCUGGCUCGCUGUCGCUGGCGCGAGGCCGCACAAUCCCGCGACGGCGCACACGGCGGGG